AUGCGCAUCUUGGAGAGCCUAGGAGACGCCAUGGAGCCACGAAGCAAUGGCAUUCACCGCCUGCUCGUGCACUGCCCCAUUGCCCCCGCUGCUAUCACCCCCCAACACCGCACAGUGGAGCAGCUGGGCCUCGCGGACCCGCUCUUCCCGCCCCUCGCUAUAGUGUCGAGCAUUACAGUCACUGCCGCGCUCAGGCUCAUGCAGCGCGCGGGAGGUGUGAGAGCAGUGGCGGUGGUGGCAAGGAGUGCGGAAGAGGAGGAGCGGAUGGAGGAGGGCGAGGGGUAUGGUGCCUCCUCUGCUGCUGAUGCUGGUGCUGGUGAUGGGGCAGGAGGAAGGGGAGGAGGAGGGGGUGGGCCAGGGAGAGGGAGGGAGAGGGGUGAGGCGGGGUGGGCGAGAGGGGGCCGGCUGCUGGGCCUUUUGUCGGUAUCAGAUCUGAGAGGCAUGGACGCGGUGACGCUAGCACAGCUGACAUCCAUGAAGGUGAGGGUUGCUCCACUCACGUGCGCUUCCAACCCCCCUAACCCACAGGCGCGGGACUUCCGGGCGCACAUGACAUCUUUAUCCCCCGAGGGUCACCGGCCGUCCAUCACGUGCUGCAUGGCGGCGCCUCUGGCUAAGGAGAUGGCAGUGGCAGCCACUUGA